UCGCUCCCCCUCCCUCCCACUUAAUGCCGCGCCACCCGUAAUCCCGAGGCUUUCCGCUCCCCUAACGCCACCACCUCUUCCUCCUCUCCCCUCCAUUCCCCACCUGCACUGCGGCUGCCACCUUCCCUUCUGCUGCCCUCUCAAAUCUCGCCUCCGCCGCGGACUCCGGCCGCGAAUCCGGCCCCAGAUCGGCGCGGGCGCGCCGCUUGAUGUCCGAUCUGUGAGGAGGGACAGCCCCCACCACCAUGAGGGCCUUGCUGCUGCUCGCGCUGCUCCUGGCGGCUUGCGCCGCGGCGGCGGCGCAGGCGGCGGGAGGGCGCAACUCCACGGCGUUCGUGCCGCGGGACGACAUCCUGCUGGACUGCGGCGCCAAGGGGCCGGGCAACGACACGGACGGCCGGAUGUGGGCCGGGGACGAGGGCUCCAAGUAUGCCCCGCCCUCCAACCUCGCCGCCGCGGCCCCCGCCUCCGGGCAGGACCCCUCGGUCCCGCAGGUGCCCUACCUCUCCGCGCGGGUCUCGGCCUCGCCCUUCACCUACUCCUUCCCGCUCGGCGCCGGCCGUAAGUUCCUCAGGCUGCACUUCUACCCGGCCAACUACUCCAACAACGACGCCGCCGACGGGCUCUUCUCCGUCUCCGUCGCCAUCCCGGGCGGCAAGCUCACGCUCCUCUCCAACUUCAGCGCCUACCAGACCGCCGCCGCGAUCAGCUUCUCCUACCUCGUCCUGGAGUUCUCCGUCAACGUCUCCUCCCCGACGCUCGACCUCACCUUCACACCGGAGAAGGGCCACCCCAACGCCUACGCGUUCGUCAACGGCAUCGAGGUCGUCUCCUCCCCCAACCUUUUCAACCUCGCCACACCGAAUAUGGUCACCGGGGAUGGCAACAACCAGCCAUUCUCGAUCGAUGCCAGCACUGCGAUGCAGACCAUGUAUCGGCUCAACGUCGGAGGCCAGGCGAUCUCGCCCUCCAAGGACACCGGUGGGUACCGGUCCUGGGACGACGACACACGGUACAUCUUCGGUGCCGCGUUUGGGGUGUCUUACCCGAAGGAUCCGAAUGUCACCAUCACGUACCCGGACAGUGUGCCGGAGUAUGUGGCACCAGUGGAUGUCUACUCCACGGCACGCUCGAUGGGGCCAGACAAGAAUGUGAACUUGAACUACAAUCUCACAUGGAUGUUGCAGGUGGAUGCUGGCUUCAUGUACCUUGUCAGGAUGCAUUUCUGUGAGAUCCAGUACCCGGUCACUAAGGUCAAUCAGCGGGUGUUUGACAUCUACAUCAACAACCAGACAGCCAUGAAAGGUGCUGAUGUGAUUACGUGGGCGACGACAGUGAAUGGUGCUACCACCGGUAUUGGCAGUCCGGUGUAUCAGGACUAUGUGGUGAGCACAUUCGGUUUAGGGCCCAUGGAUUUAUGGAUUGCUCUCCAUCCAGAUGUUGAGGCAAAGCCGGAAAGAUAUGAAGCUAUCCUUAAUGGGUUGGAGGUGUUCAAGAUACAGCUUAGCAAUGGUAGCCUAGCAGGGCUCAAUCCAAUCCCAAGUGUUGAGCCAAUGGCGGACAGGGCAGCUAAGAAGAAGUCGGCUGUUGGGCCUAUUGUUGGUGGUGUGGUUGGAGGAUUGGUGGUUCUUGCACUUGGGUAUUGCUUCUUCGUGUUCUGCAGGCGCAGGAGGAGUGCUGGGAAGGAUGCAGGCAUGAGUGAUGGCCAUUCUGGUUGGCUGCCGCUGUCUCUUUAUGGCAAUUCACACACUUCCAGUUCGGCCAAGUCGCACACUACUGGUAGCUAUGCUUCAUCUUUGCCAUCCAACCUGUGCCGCCAUUUCUCUUUUGCUGAGAUCAAGGCUGCAACAAACAACUUCGAUGAGUCCCUUAUUCUUGGUGUGGGUGGAUUUGGCAAAGUUUACCAUGGCGAGAUUGAUGGGGGAACAACCAAGGUGGCUAUCAAGCGUGGCAAUCCCUUGUCUGAGCAGGGUGUUCAUGAGUUCCAGACAGAGAUUGAAAUGUUGUCCAAGCUCCGCCACCGUCAUCUGGUGUCACUGAUUGGAUACUGCGAGGAGAAGAAUGAGAUGAUCCUUGUCUACGACUACAUGGCUCACGGUACUCUUCGUGAGCACUUGUACAAGACCCAGAAGCCACCGCUUACCUGGAGGCAGCGCUUGGAUAUCUGCAUUGGUGCAGCUCGUGGUCUUCACUACCUUCACACAGGUGCAAAGCACACCAUCAUCCACCGUGACGUGAAGACAACAAACAUUCUCCUGGAUGAGAAAUGGGUUGCCAAGGUUUCAGAUUUUGGUCUGUCCAAGACUGGCCCAUCUAUGGACCACACUCAUGUGAGCACAGUUGUUAAGGGCAGUUUUGGAUACCUCGAUCCUGAAUACUUCCGCAGGCAGCAGCUCACCGAGAAGUCUGAUGUCUACUCUUUUGGUGUUGUGCUGUUUGAGGUCCUCUGCGCACGGCCUGCCUUGAACCCUACUCUUCCAAAGGAAGAAGUUAGCUUGGCAGAGUGGGCGUUGCACUGCCAGAAGAAGGGCAUUCUUGAUCAGAUUGUUGAUCCCUACCUGAAGGGAAAGAUUGCUCCGCAGUGUUUCAAGAAGUUUGCUGAGACAGCUGAGAAGUGUGUUUCUGAUCAGGGCAUUGACCGUCCUUCAAUGGGCGAUGUGCUCUGGAACUUGGAGUUUGCCCUUCAAAUGCAGGAAAGUGCAGAAGAGAGCGGAAGCCUUGGCUGCGGGAUGUCAGAUGAGGGCACUCCCCUUGUGAUGGUCGGAAAGAAGGAUCCCAAUGACCCAUCCAUCGAAUCAAGCACCACCACAACCACAACCACUUCUAUCAGCAUGGGCGAUCAGAGUGUCGCCAGUAUGGACUCAGACGGGCUGACGCCUAGCGCUGUCUUCUCACAGAUCAUGAACCCCAAGGGGCGGUGAGGUAAAAGCUUGUUCCAUUCGUUCCCUCACAGGCAUAAUUUAUUCAUUCAGCAUAUUUUUCAUGAGUUUGUGCUGUCGAUGUUCUCUCAAGUUGUGGACUGGAAGUCAGAGAAUUGUUUCAUACUAGAUGUUCUGCCUUGCCUUGUACUUUUCUCCAGUAUUGUAAUGACUACACCUAUUGGCUUGUAUUGUACUGCUGCUAUUGACCCAACUAGUAUUUUACCCCAUGAAAAAGUGAUGUGCGCCUUUUUCUU